AUGUUACUGAACUAUUUGUGGAUAUUUUCUGUGAUUUUUACUUUCAACACUAAUUUUUCAUUUUCUCUAAAUUUUAUUGAAUUAACAAGCAAUUCUUCAUUUUAUAUGGCUAACAACUUAGAUUGCUAUUUAUCUUCGAUGCAAAACUUUGAACUUAUCUAUAUCAGAAUAAUUGCUAUGUUAAUUUUGAUAGCUAUGUAAAUAUUAAUAAUUUGGAUUGGGUUCGCAUUUUAUGCUAAAUGUAAAAAUUGGACUUUCAACAAAAGUAUUAUUUCGAAUACAUUAUUAUAUUUAUAUGUAUCAAAUUAUGCUGCUCUAAUCAAACAGUUGUGUUCAAUUGUUUCAAAGAGAGAAAUUUCAACUAUUUCUUACAUUCAAGGAGAUGUUUCUCUAAUUUAUGGAACUGACAAUCACAUGUUUUGGAUUAUUAUAUUAGGUAUUCCUGGCCUUGGUGUAAUUGGGGUAUUAAUCCCCUUUACUUUAUUUGUUGUAAUGUAUAUGAAUAGGGAACAACUAGAUAAAAUUAAGCUAAGAAGACAUAUUUGUUAUUUAUUUAAUGAAUAUAAUUAAGAAAGCUACUAUUGGGAACAAAUUAAACUAUCAAAAAAAACAAUUAUCAUAAUUAUUCUGACAUUUUUUGAAAGUGAUGUAUUACUGAUGGCUUCGUUGCUUGGAUUAUGUUUGCUUUUCUACUAAUUAUUAGCAGUAAAAUAGAAACCUUACAUCAUUUAAAGUUUGAACUUUUUAGAUAUUCAAACAGGAUAAAUUUGCUCUAUAUCUAUAUUUAUUAGUGCAGUCAAAUAUGUAUCAGAAAAGGGUAAUGUUACAGCAUUAUCAAUUGUACUUUAAAUUUUUAUCAUCAUUUUGUGCAUCAGAUUGUGCUAUCCAUUUAUGAUGAAUAUUUUUAGAGUCUAUUUUAAGAAAUAUAAGCUACCGUUCAUUGAAUUUGUUUAUAAAAUUUUAAGAACAAUAAAAGCUGAUUGUUUUCUUAGUAGAUAUUUGAAUAAUCAAUUAAGGAAAUUGAAUAAUAGAGAGUAUCGUCGAAAAACCAAUUUUGCCAAAUUAAGAAACCACUUAAUUCAAAUAUCAAAGUUGUAAAUAGGACACUAAAAACAAAUGGUUUCAAUGAUGAAUUCAUAAUCAACCAUAAGAUAUCGUUAAAUUGUAACAAUAACAGAUGCUGAAAUGAAUAAGUUAGCAAGUCCUUGA